AUGACCGAAGCCAUGACAUUGAGCUUGGCUUCAUUGAAACAAUACCAUGCGCUAUUGUUUUCCGUCUUCGUCAAUAUGCUUUUGACCCUUUCUAUUUGGAUUUUCGUUUAUUCCAUGAAAACAGAUGAGAACCUAAUGCAAUCUUUGAUUUUUCAAUCAUCUGAAACCCAAAAUGAGCUUUUAAAUGCAUCGCUUUAUGGAUUAAAGAGUGUAAUUGGUAUUAUCAUUGGAUCAGUUGUUGUAGCUACUUUGGUGCUUUUUAAUUUUAAAAAAACCAUUUACUGCUGGUUCUAUUGCGGGUCAUUACUUCUGUUGUAUGGAUUAUCAGGAAAUAUUAUUUACGAUUUGCUGUGCCUAUCAAAUAGUCUACGUGAUUCUCCGCAUUUGCCGUAUAUAGUUAGUAUAUUAACUAUAUUAUACGGGUCUGUUGGUUGUCUGGCUUAUUUCACAAAGCUUUUACCGAACUUUGUUCUUAAGCUUUACAUCAUUUGUAAUGCUUCCCUCGUAUCCAACACUUACUUAAGAUCAACUCAUAGAUACGCUUUAUGGUUCUUCUUGUUUUUCAUUUCAGCAUGGGAUGCAUUUGCGGUAAUGUCACGCUAUGGGCCUUUGCGAUUCUUACAGGAGAGAGCUGGAGAGUAUAGCGAUAAUUUUGUGAGAGUUCUGAUGUAUUCUUGUGAUACAGAUGAUUCAUCUGAUAAAGAUAGUAAACAAUCAACAACUAAGAAACGAUUAAAAGCUGGAAAAGAGUAUGCUCGAACAGCUGAUGAUGCUUUAAAUGAUGGAUCUCAGCGACUAGGUGUGGGCGAUUAUGUUUUCUAUGGAGUGCUAGCUGGAGCAUCUGCCACUAAUGGAAGUAUUUUGGCAACAUCAGUUUGCAUACUUGGUGUUCUCAUUGGCUUAUAUCUCACUAUGUGCUAUCCUUGUGAUCAUUCUGAAACGUUGCCAGCUUUACCUCUGCCAAUUCUGUUAGGAACUCUGGGGCAUCUCGUUGUUAUCAUUCUACAGCAUUUAUGGUCACUAGUCUUCUAG